UCCUUUCCCGGCGCUCGCGCACGCGCGGACGUCUAUGUGCGUGUGUUUGCGCGCGCGUGUGUGUAUGUAUGUGUGUGUGUGUGCGUACUAGCCCGCCCCCGCGCGUGUGUGUUGUGUGCGCGUGUGUAUGUUGUUAUUAUUAUCCUCCCGCCUGCCCGCGCCUCUCCUCUCCGCUCCGCUCCGCUUGUCUCCGGCGCGCUCGGCUCAGAAUGGCCAGAUUCACGCAGAGUGAAGUGAGGCGGCAGCAGCAUCAGCAGCAGCAGCAGCAGACUCCCCCGCAGCCCGCCCACGCCAGCGCGCUCCUCGGCGCGUCACCCGCACCACUGUCAGCAGCCCCGAGCCCGCAGCACGCGCACCUCGCGCUCCCCAAGCCCAUGAGCGGCCCCGAGUCCGGCUCCGUGAUCCACGCCGACGGCGGCGCCAUGAAGGACCAGGACGCCAUCAAGCUCUUCGUGGGCCAAAUACCACGCAACCUCGAGGAGAAGGACCUCAAACCGUUGUUCGAACAGUUCGGCAAGAUCCACGAGCUCACCGUGCUGAAGGACCGCUACACCGGCAUGCACAAAGGCUGCGCGUUCCUCACCUACUGCGCUCGUGAGUCAGCCAUCAAAGCCCAGAAUGCACUGCACGAACAGAAAACUCUGCCAGGGAUGACACGGCCUAUUCAGGUUAAACCAGCUGACAGCGAGAGUCGUGGAGAGGACAGGAAGCUGUUUGUUGGCAUGCUGAACAAGCAGCAGACGGAGGAGGAUGUGUACCGCCUUUUCGAGCCUUAUGGAGUGAUUGAAGAGUGCACCGUAUUGAGGGGUCCUGACGGAAACAGCAAAGGAUGUGCCUUUGUUAAGUUCUCCACACACACCGAGGCUCAGUCAGCAAUCAGUGGCCUCCACGGGAGCCAGACCAUGCCUGGAGCAUCCUCUAGCCUGGUAGUGAAGUUCGCAGACACUGAUAAGGAGAGGACCAUCCGCCGCAUGCAACAGAUGGUCGGCCAGUUUGGCAUCUUCAACCCUGCUGUGGCUCUGCCAUUCAGCACAUACAGCAGCACCUACAGCACCUACACACACGCUCUGAUGCAGCAGCAGGCGGCCAUAAUGGCUGCGUCCCAUGGUGGCUACCUGGCACCCAGCAUGGCAUUUCCGGCUACACAGAUCCACCAAGUGGGGGCGAUCAACAUGAACGGCCUGCCGCCCACUCCCAUGACUCCAGUGUCAGGGCUGAGUUCUCCUCCUGCUAACCUGGCAUCCUCGGCUGUACCCAGCAUAGUGACACCCAUCGUUAAUGGUUUCACUGGAAUCCCUCCGCAGCCCAAUGGUCAUCCUGUGGAGGCGGUCUACGCCAACGGCCUGCCACCAUACUCCACCCAGAGCCCCACUGCCGCCGACACACUACAGCAGGCCUUCACUGGUGUCCAACAGUACACAGCCAUUUACCCCACCACCACACUGACCCCUAUAGGCCAGACACUGCCACAGCCGCCUCAGGUCAUUCAGCAGCAGCAACAGCAGAGAGAAGGUCCAGAGGGCUGUAAUCUCUUCAUCUACCACCUGCCACAGGAGUUUGGUGAUAACGAACUGAUGCAGAUGUUUCUGCCUUUCGGCUCCGUCAUCUCCUCCAAAGUGUUUAUGGACAGAGCUACCAACCAGAGCAAGUGUUUUGGCUUUGUGAGCUUCGAUAACCCUGGCAGUGCCCAGGCAGCCAUCCAGGCCAUGAACGGCUUCCAGAUCGGCAUGAAGCGCUUGAAAGUGCAGCUCAAACGGCCAAAGGAUGCCAGCCGCCCCUACUGACCCUCACCCAGGACACACAAACACACACACACAGCUGACAGCACAGGUUUUGAACAGUCUUGACAUCUGUAACAGAUGGAAAACUUUACUUGCAAAACCACAAAAGGAAAAGUGACCAAGAAGAAAAAUUAAAAAAAAAAAAAAAGAAGAAGAGAUAAAUGAAAAUAAAUGCAGCUUACAAAUAAGUACAUAAUAAUUUUUUUUUUUUUUUUUAAAGAAAAGAAAAACAUAUCAGAUUUGACUUUGUGUGCAACACCACGGCGAUGAGAAGUUUAAGGGAACAACAUGACAGGGAACGUCGGUAUCGAGAGGACUGAAGCCAGCAACAAGAAAGCCAAACAGAACAAAAAAAAACUUUUCCUUGGAAGAAGAAGAAGAAGAAGAAAAAAAAUAAAAAGAACAUUGUUCGAAAGACAGAUUUUGGAUCGAUGCUGAAUAAAGCCACAGUUUUCACGAAGAUAUUGAACGACACCCGUGGCUUUUACUUUUAUGGACUAAUGAGGGUUUAAUCUCCAAGGUGAAAAAAAAAAAAAAAAGAAAAAGAAGAAGAAGAAACAUUUCGUCAUUUGGACGGAUGUAAGAAUUCUCUCUGUAUCUCUUUCUCUCUUUUUUCUGCAGAGCUCUUGUAUAUGGCUCAUUAGAAGUUCCACAGAAGCAGUAUCGUUGCAAAUCUUUCUCUCGCUUUCCUUUCCUCUCUUUUGAUCCCUCCCCCUCUCUCUCUCUCUCUCUCUCUCUCUCUCACCCAUGGCCCCUUUGGGGUCCAGAGGACCAAAUCUUUUUAAUCUCUAUCUAUAGUAACGUUCAAUAUUAUCACUGAUUAUCUUAUGAUACAGGAUAUUGCGUAAAAUAUUACAAUUAAGAGUUAGAGAAAAAUACUUCAGGGUGUAUAGUGUAUGUAAAAAACAAAAAAAAAUAAAAAUAAAAAAUCAGGGGGGUUCUCUUUCGUUGUGAAUAAACUAGGUUACAGGUUCAAAGGGGCAAAGCUACGGUGAUGGUUAUUGAUAAAGGACGGGAUAAGCGUUGACAUGAGAGGUUCGUUCUCCUUUCUCAUUCACAGCCACACCUCAUUUCUUUUCCGAAGGUCACUCUUAUUAUUAAAUAUUGAACAAAAAAAAAAAAACGUUUUUAAAGGGAGAUCCGUGUUUUCAGUUCUAGACAUUAUAAUUCUAUUCGCUGUGUCAAGAGUAAUUCAGUUUCAGCGCUUCAAGAGGAGCGGAGAAAUUUACAAAUCUAAAUUGAAUUUUAGCAUUACGGUCUUUUCCCUAAAGCUAAUCCAGCGUAAACAGGCAUAUCGCUCACAGAACUGAAAGAAAACAAACAAUAAGCCCUAGUGUCACAUCACUCACAUCAUUAUUCUGUUCUCUAUCCACGCCUUAUUUAAAUAAAUGUGAAUUAACAGUGUACCCACUUAAACCUACAACUAUAACCAUGCAGUUCAAAUAUAUAAUUAGGGCUAAUGCAUGCUGAUGCUGGUUGAAAAUGCAGUUUCUUUUAGGUUUUAGAUCAGCAAUUUAUUUCCUAAAAGCUUCCCACCAACAGUAUUUUUCACGUUUCGACACGUUGAACAUACAGUAAAUCAAGCUUUGGAUACUAAACAAAGCAGACAAGAAUGCAAAUAAAACCAUAUGGGAAAAACUACACGUUUAUAAUUGUAUUCUGGAUUAUCAAGAUCACGUGACAAACACGCAUCAGUGUUUUAAAGGUUAAAACACUUUUCAGAUUUAUCUUCUUUGGAAAGCAGAUGAAAAAUGCUGUUUCGUCGCAGAUAGGAAGCUGAACCGGAUACUUUUUUCUUUUUUUUCCCAGACUGGACCGGGCUUUAUUUACACUAGGGCAUGAAUGCUUUUGUAAAAGCAGUCCAUAAAAUCCAAUUGCUUUUUAUUACAUUGCUCUUUCAGCCUCUAAACAGUUAGUAAGACCGAACAGGUUAUAAAUAUCAGAUAUACAGCGGUCCACGUAACAGCUCUAGUCAAAUGCUAAAGAGAUUUGUGAAGACAUUCGCUUUCGAAAUUACAGGAGGAGUCUUGUUCUGCCGAAGAAUGAGUGCAGUGUGAGGUAUCACCUGACCAAAUGUACUAGGGGACAUGCAGUACAAAAGCUACUCCGGAUUAAAGUGUUUCCAUUUCAAAGGAACAUUCUAGCACCAGUUGUCUCAUAUGUAGGAAAAAAUUCAGAACAGCAGGCAAACUUAAACAUGGGGUUGAUUUUUUAAGUUGUAAUAUUUGGCAACCCAACAUUUAAGGAAAAAAAAAGCUCCCAAAUACUCUAUAAAACAUUAAUAAUAUAAACAUCUAAUAUCCAACCAAUCAACUUCCAUGUCAAUUCAGAAAGCUCCGCCUCUCUUACUAGCUUUUUUUGUUGUUGUUGUUGUUGUUGUGGUUAAUGGGAGGUUGUGGCUGUAUGAAGGAGCUGCAUUGGUCUCAAAACAGCUAAUUUCUGCCAAAUCCGCUGACUUUUUACACCUUUAACAUCCUCUUUGCCGUGCCAAAAAAUGACGAGUCAGCUUCUCUCAGUUAUUUAAAGACGCCAGCUUACGCUACUGUGACGUCACCUUCUUUGUAAAUGUGAACUCCGUUUGAAUCUUGCAUGUAGAGUUUCUACUGUACUAACACACCGAACUAGAAAUUAGAACGAAAGUAGAUGCUAUUUUAAAAAAAACAAACAAAUAAAUAAAUAAAUCCGCUUUUUUGAGAUAACACGAAUCUUUUUUUUUAGAUUAGAUCUAGACCUCUGCUACAUAUACAUUAUCAUGAAGUAAUAAAAGGGAAUUAAGGGGAGAGGAUCAGUACGUUGCAGUAGAUAUAUAGGACGAGGUGUGGCUGCUGAUCGACACUUCCUCAGUGACUCGGCUGUAUUUUACUGACACAUUCCUUAUUGCAUUUGAGGCAUGAUUUUAAUUUUGGAAUCGGAAUCAGAAUUUGUUAUUUUGGGUUGGAACCCAAACACGAGACUAUACUUUACACGCCAACCAAAUCUCUCACUGCCCUUGGAUUACCGUAUUUGUUAGACCUUUAGCGAUUAAGGACCAAGUGACAUCAGAAUGCUGAAAAAUGAUAGCAUUUAACAACGUAAAGUAAUCAUGGAGGAUAAAGAAAGGAUGUCGUUUUCCUAUUAGGCAGCAGACAGCGGUUAGGCAUUUAAUAAGCGUUUAUUUUAAUAAGCAUUUCGUAAACUGCCACUGGCUUUGCCCUUUUAUUACUAGGAUUAUUCUAGCUAUGUGCCAACUGAAAGGUCUGAAAAGGUCUGAAAUCUGAGAUAUAUAUAAAUAUAUAUAUAUAUAUACAUGUACACACACACACACACACACACAAUAGGGAUGUAACACAAUGACACUAUAUGUAGCUAUAUUUGGAGUUAACCCCAAAGUGAGCAUGGCUUAAUCCAGAAGGGGUUUAGUUUCAUUAAUUUGUUGGGUUUUUUUUCCAAAGACUGAACACCAUCAGUGAAUUCUAGGGGAUGUGGCAGCUCUGUGGUUAAGGUGCUGGACUUCUGAUUAGAAGGUUACAAGUUUGAAUCCCAGGUCCCAUUGCUGUGCCCCCUAAGCAAAGCCUUUAACCCUGAGAUGCACAACAAAUGAGAUAAAAAUGUAAGUCGCUCUGAAUAAGAGCGUCUGCCAAAUACCAGAAAUAUAAACGUAGAUUGUGGCAGAUUCCUCAACCUCAACUACAUCCCUCCAGGUCCACAGAUCAUAAUUCAUCACCUUCUAAUAAAAUGAUUCGGAUCUAAUUUCCUAAAUAAAAACAAAAGAAAUUCUCUAGCCUAAUUUGAACCACCGUGAUCCUGACCAGGCUGCUACCAUGUAAAUGGGAAUCAUCACAGCUUGCUACACUGAUCUACUUUAUCAGUUUCACUUGCAUCCCAGCAAGUCCCAAUCCCAGUAACACAUGAAUAUUGCACUUCCUCUAUUAUCUGUUCAUUCUAUAUUCGGUUACAUCCCUAAUAUAUACAUAUAUACGUAUAUGUGUCUGUGUGUGAAUAUAUAUAUAUAUAUAUAUAUAUAUAUAUAUAUAUAUAUAUAUAUAUAUAUAUA